CGGUACGAGGCUGUAAGCACCAUACGUCUUCUUUCCUUUCAUUCGAGGAAAGGAAUACUAACAAAGAUGGUACUUCUAGAAAAUGAUGCGUUUCUGGCCCAACUUCCUCAACUGUUUGCAUCUACGAAGUCUUCAGGUUCUGUUUUCGUCACUUUAAAAAAAUAUAAUGGACAAACGAAGCCAAAACCAAAAACAAAGGCAGGGGAAGCCAGCAAGCCUCAUGAGACUGUAGGAGAAAGCAGGUGCUUAUUUAGAGCAACAAAUGGAAAAAGAAAAUUAAGUACUGUUGUGAUGCACAAAGAUGUAAACAAAUUCCAAAUGGCAUAUGCAAAUUUAUAAGCAAACAUUGAUAACUUAAAGAAAAGGGAUAGGAAAAAGACCAAGAAAAACACCAAAGCAGCAGCUAAAGAAAAGUCAAGACAAGAACAAUCACCUUGAGUAGUUCCUUUAGAGAAUAUUUUGGGUUUUGCAUGCCAUCUAUAUAUUGAAAUGCCAUCUGUGUUUUGAGGUUAAAACUUAGAUGUUGAAAUUUGCUAAGAGUACACCUGUUGCAUUAUAGCAGCAAAUUUAUUGAGGCCAAACCAUUAUUCCAUUUGAUUUAACCCUGAGCCAUUUUCGAGUUAAAAUCAGAUGAAGUACAGUUGGACAGAACAUUUAUUUAAAAUAACUUGAUACAGAGAUAAUAAAAACUAUGGUGCUUAACAUAUUUCUCAAUAUAUAAUUUGAAGGUCACUACAAACUUAAAUGCCUAAUUUAUUAAACUAGCAUUUUUCUUAGGCAAUUUCUUGGAAUUGAUAUCACUUUAAGAGCAGAGCAAGUCAGAAAAUUUGUUUUAAAGUUGUUGUUAUCAGAAUUGCAGAGUAAUAGAAGAUAUUUGUUAUGCAGUAAUUAAAAGCAUCAUUAUGGCUGUAAUUAAAAUAAGGUAUAAUUGACUGAUGAUUUAUCAAAACCUGCUGAAA